AUGGAAAGCAAAUUAUCUGACUUGAGAACUUCUUCAUUUCCUAAAAAAAGGAAAAUGAAAGUAGAGUUACCACAAACCUGUACAUCAGAUGAGGAACCUUACACUGAUCCAAGUGCUUCAGUUGACUGUUGCGAAACUGUACUUGUCGAUGGUAAAGAACAUGUUUACUUCCCUGUCAGCAAAUGGGAUUAUGAGGACCUGAAGAACUUGAACAUUUUCUUUGAGGAGAGACCUGAACCUUUUGAGGAGUUUAUGUUAGAAGUAAAAGAGAAUUUUAUGUGGAAAUGUGAUUGUCCAGAUUUCAAUGAAGAUGUGAGAACUUUUAGUCAGAUGCUUAAAGAGACUGUUGCCUUUUCGUAUGAUCUGCAGACAGUUUGUCAGUUAAGUAAACACAUGUAUAAAAACAAAAAGGCCAUAGAACAGAAGAUCAUUGAUGAGAUAGAAUGUGAUGUACAAAAGGCAAAGGAAGGGGAGAAAGAUCUGAAUUUAAAUGACUUAUUAAACAGGAAGUGGAUGCCAGCUGUGAAGAGAUUUGCAGAAGAGACUCUGAAACUGAUUAAAAUGUCACUGUAUCCUUUAGAAGAAGGGGACCUGCUGUCAGUGAAAAUAGAGAGGGAGAAGGAGAGGAAGAGAGCUAUUGGACAGGAGAGGAAGGAAAACUCACCUGAUGUACCCCAGGAUUGCUUUGGAAGUUUCUUGAAGCAUUUUUCCUCUGUAUUUGGACAGAUGUUUUUCCUGGAGCCAGAUUCAGUGACCAGAAAGACUUUUUAUUUCAUGGACAAGUUGGUGGACAGCACUCCUGAUUCAUGUUACUUAAUACAUAGGGAACCUGUCCCAGGAGUAAUUGAUGCACCUGAAUCUAUACUGUCUGUAUCUCAGGUGAAACAGACAAUUAAAAUGAAUGAUGGUACUUCUCUAUCAUUGGAAGAACAACUGGGCUCCAGGGUCUUAGGACAGAUUGGAGCAGGACUUUUUGCUGAAACAAAUUUUUCACUGAUAAAACCAAAUUCUCUGGGCAUUAUAUACUCAGAAACCAAAAUUAUUUUCGUGUACCUGAAGUUACAAAAUGACCAUUAUGUGGAUGUACUGUUAAAGACUCCAUUGACCACAGAAGGCAGGAUCUCCUAUACCCAGCCAUUUGAUAUGUUAAAUGCUGAAGACAGGCUCAAAAUUUCAGAUUUCUUCUAUUUUCUUGGGUGUCUUCAAAACAAAAAUAAAUAAUAAUUUUCA